ACAAAAUCAUGGCGGCAGAGGAAUCCACCCUGCACCUGGAAGAGCUCCGCCGUCUACGAAGCAUGGCCCAACACCCCCGCAUCAUCAACCUCCUUUCCUCUGAGAUUUCCAGUUUGGAACAGGAUCAAUCUCCACCACCGCAAGAGGCCAGGACAGCCGCCGAGGAGGCAAACCAGAAGUACUAUGAAAACAGGCUGAAUUACAUUGGUACCCUGGACAAUCCAUAUCCCCAUGAAUCCUCUGUUUCAAGGACUAUAAGUGAAUAUGUGAAGGAGUAUGAAGGCCUCCUCAAGGACCAAAGAGGGGUGCAUCUUGAGGAUAUCACAGAAUCCUUGGCUGGGAUGGUCAUGAAACAAAGAUCCUCUGGCCCUGGGUGUUUCUUCUAUGAUUUAUGUGGCAACGGUGCUCGAGUACAAAUUUAUGCUAGUGCCAGCAACUCGGAACUGGAUGAAUCUGAAUUUCUUAGGGUCCACUCUAAUGUGAAGCGGGGUGACAUUGUUAAUGUGACCGGGUUUCCAGGCAAAACAAAGAGUGGCCAGAUCAGCAUUUUUGCAAGAUCAUUUGUAGUCUUAGCACCUUGUCUCCACAUGAUGCCUGUUGUCAAUCCAAUGAAAACUGAAGGAACUGACUGGAGUCCCGGACGUCCCAGGAAUCCUGAAACAUACAGUUUAAAAGACCAGAAAACUCGCUAUCGUAAGCGUCACCUGGAUUUGAGGAUAAACCCUGAUGUUGAACAUAUAGUGAUCCAUACCAGGAGUGAGAUCACUUUCUAUAUUAGGAGAUUCCUUCAUAAUCGUCAGUUCCGUGAAGUUGAAACUCCAAUAUUGAAUACAGUUGCUGGUGGAGCAACUGCUCGUCCUUUUAUUACAAAGCACAAUGAACUUAACAUGCAGCUUUACAUGCGCAUUGCACCCAAACUCUAUCUCAAACAGCUAGUUGUUGGCGGAAUUGAACGCGUUUUUGAGAUAAGCAAACAGUUUAGGAAUGAGGGUAUCGAUUUGACACAUAAUCCUGAGUUCACUACCUGUGAAUUCUAUCAGGCUUAUGCAGACUAUACUCGCAUGAUGGAGCUCACUGAGGAAAUGUUGAGUGGGAUGGUCAAGGAACUUACAGGUGGAUAUAAGAUUAUGUAUCAUUCUAAUGGACUUGAUCAGGAUCCAAUCGAGAUAGAUUUCACACCGCCUUUCAGACGGAUUGACAUGAUUGAGGAAUUGAAUAAUUUAGCAAAUCUCAACAUAAAUCCAGAGGAUCUCUUCAGUGAGGAAGCUAACAAUGAACUAAAGAUCGCGUGCAGUAUGUAUGGGAUCCAAUGUCCACCUCCUGAAACAACAACUCGUUUGUUGGACAAGCUUGUUGGUCACUUUUUGGAAGAACAAUGCGUGAAUCCAACAUUCAUAAUCAACCAUCCUGAGAUAAUGAGUCCAUUGGCAAAGUGGCAUCGCUCAAGACCUGGCUUGACAGAACGCUUUGAAUUGUUUGUGAACAAGCAUGAGCUUUGUAAUGGAUACACUGAACUCAAUAAUCCUAUAGUUCAACGCCAACGAUUUGCUAAUCAACUCAAGGAUAGACAAUCCGGUGAUGACGAAGCAAUGCCUUUGGAUGAAGGAUUCUGCAGAGCUCUGGAGUAUGGAUUGCCUCCAACCGGAGGUGUGGGAAUCGGCAUUGACCGCCUUUGUAUGCUGUUAACUGAUUCACUGAACAUCAAGGAAGUCAUCCCCUUCCCAACCAUGAAGCCACAGGAUCAGCCCUCUGCUAGACCCAGCUAG